UAAAACAUCUCACUCACUUAUAAAAGAUGACUUUAUCUUAAAAACAGGCCAUCAUCUGAGAAUUUUCAAUGUCUGUGUGGCACCACACCCCUUAAUUGUUAUAGCGUGAGUAAUAGGGAUAAACAUGACUCUCCCAAAACAUAUGAUGUCCGAAAACCUAUGAGCAGAUUAUUUUCCAAGGCCUGUUUGUAUGUUGUCUUCUGUAAAGAACUCCGCAGAAACCACAAGAACAAUAAAGUUGAAACUAUUCAUACAGCUACAUUUGUGGGAUCAAUACACACAGAUGGUCCAGUGUACACAAAAGAAAAUGGAUUACAUUCAUAAAGGAUAAAGGCAAUGCAAGAUGGCUUAUUCUACACAGCUGAAUCCUGCAGAGAUUAAUCCUCAAUCUUAAUCAGUGAAAUCCCAGUCCCAGCUCAACGAUACCAACAUGGACAAGAAGACUCGUUCCUUAGAGAAGCUGUCCAUGAGGGAAUCUCUAACACUGGAUACAGCAUCUACAUCACUUCUUCCCAAAUCUGCCAGUGAUGAAAGAGUGCUGAUGGGCGUGGCACCACGACAGCGCUCCCUGGUGAGGAGCAAUGAAUCUUCCCAGUUGUCCGUGCAUAGCAUGGUGUUGAUGACAGAGGUUGUUCCAGCCAAUGGAAACCUCAUCAGUGGUGAUGAUCAUUCCUGGAGAAUCCCAUUGUCAGCAUUUUCUGACAAGAAGGCUGUGAAUCAAGACCCGAACACACGACUAACACGGAGAAUGAGGUCGUAUUACAAGGCCCAGGAUGAGCUGAUCACAGCCUACGAGACACUGCAGCACGGUCAGCACAACUCUGAGGGACCAGAGUAUGGUCAGAAAGUGGCUUCCAUCAUGUCCAAAAUCUCAUUUGCUGCUAAUUUUGUGCUGCUCGUGGCCAAGAUUGUGGCGGCAGCUCUGUCCAGCUCAAUCUCAAUCAUCUCCAGUUUGGUGGACUCGGUGGUGGACCUGCUGUCGGGGAUCAUCAUCUGGUGGACGUCCAGCACCAUGAAGAAGAGGAAUCCGCACUUGUACCCAAGUGGUCGAACAAAGUUAGAACCUGUGGCGAUUGUGAUAUUAUCAGUUGUGAUGUCGCUAGCAUCACUGCAGCUGACCAUUGAGUCCAUACAGAAGAUCAUAUCUCUGGCCAAUCACGAUGGAGCUGUCCCCCAGUUUGAUGUUGUGACGAUAGUUAUUGCAGCAAGCACGGUCGUGAUAAAGUUGGCGCUGUUCCUCAUGUGCUACUUCUAUCGGCGUCACGGUAGUUCUGUGGCGAUUCUCAUGCAGGAUCAUCGGAACGACAUCGUCUCUAACACGGUCGCCAUCGUCUGUGGAUAUCUUGGAUCAGCCCAGUUUGUGGGGAUUGUACAGGACAAGAAUGUGGUGUUCAUCGACCCCAUCGGUGCCAUCAUCAUUGGCUUCUUCAUCUUCAUCAGCUGGUGGAGGACUGGAGCCGAGCAAAUCAAACUGCUAACUGGACACACGGCUAAGCCUGACUUUCUUAGCAAGCUAACCUGGAUAUCUCUGAACCAUCACAAAGAGAUCACUCACAUCGACACAGUGAGGGCGUUCCACUUCGGCAACAACUACCUGGUGGAAGUGGACAUCGUGUUGCCGGAGACGAUGUCCUUGGGGGAGGCGCACAACAUCGGGGAGUCGCUGCAGCAGCGCCUGGAGAACCUGGACCGGGUGGAGCGAGCCUUCGUACACCUCGACUACGAGACCACGCACAGACCCGAGGAAGAACAUAAGACUGUAUAGAACAGUUGGUGGUGCAGGAGUUGAUGAUGAGAGGAAGAAUGUGAAGUGGUGGAGUUGAUGGUUAGAGGAAGAACAUUGAGUUCGUGUAAAAGAUAUUUCACGUCUUUCCUCUGACUCAAAAUCCUCCAACAAUCCUAAAUUAUGAAUAAGAGAAAGAAAAUAGAGUUAAUUAUAAGUAAGAGUUAAUUAUCAGAAUCUUGGAUGGAAGAUGUAGAUUCCGGAAAUGGAGUAAGGUGUUCCGUGUAUUCAUGGCCUCAAGCACUUCUCCAAAAGGUCUUGUCAAACAGACUCCUUACAACAAAAUCAUGAUACACCCUACAAAGGCAAGGUAACGAAUCUCAAUGAACCUUUCUUUUCAACCCACCAGGUUACGGCAUUUACUUAUAGUUUGUAUCAUAGAGGACAUUGUUAUUACAAGGCAUUGGGGUUUGAAGUCAUGAUUAAGAUUAUUGAACUUAUAUUUGCGUGUGUGGCGACUUGUAAUGGUCCAGACAAAUGCUGAUUUUAUAGUGCUAGCCCACUGAGAUACCGUGCUGCAGUUUAACAUGACUACCCCACUCAGACACAGUAUACGGACAUCGCCUGCUUGUUUAUCCACUUAAAGCAUAGUGUCAGGCAGGGUAACAACAAGUACCAUAUUUCAACAUCUUUUGGUACGACCCAGACAGGGUUCUAAUCAUUGACCUGCGGCCCUCUUGUACUUUGUGUCUCCCGGACUUUGUUGUGUUGGCAGUCCCCCUGUUGUGUUGGCAGUCCCCCUGUUGUGUUGGUAGUCCCCCUGUUGUGUUGGCAGUCCCCCUGUUGUGUUGGUAGUCCCCCUGUUGUGUUGGCAGUCCCCCUGUUGUGUUGGUAGUCCCCCUGUUGUGUUGGCAGUCCCCCUGUUGUGUUGGCAGUCCCCUUGUUGUGUUGGCAGUCCCCCUGUUGUGUUGGCAGUCCCCCUGUUGUGUUGGCAGUCCCCUUGUUGUGUUGGCAGUCCCCCUGUUGUGUUGGCAGUCCCCCUGUUGUGUUGGCAGUCCCCUUGUUGUGUUGGCAGUCCCCUUGUUGUGUUGGCAGUCCCCCAGUGAACAUUCGAGUUAGAAUUGGUCUUCAGCAACCCAUGCUUGUCGUAAGAGGCGACUAACAGGAUCGGGUGGUCAGGCUCCCUGACUUGGACAAUGCAUGUCAUUGUAUCCCAAUUGCGUUGAACGAUGCUCAUGAUGUCAACCCUGGAUUGUCUUGUCCAGGCUCGAUCGUCUGCAAGCAUGGACUGCCUCUACAUCUUCUAACCUUGCAAUGUAUCUGCUUGGGCUUAAAUGAUACACUCUGUCACUACAUGAAGCAAUAUAUGAAUCAUCAAUGGAAAUAACUGAUGGCCAAAGCACACUAUGUACCUGAGUGUCAAAUUAUUCAGUAGCUGGGCAUAUAUCAUCCAUAUUGUGUUUUACAGUUCACUGACAUAUCUAUAAUGUGCUGUGUAUGUAUAUAUGUUUUAUUUUGUGUUGAUACUUCACUGUUUGAUUUAUCAUCUAUGUGGCGUUUUGGUGAGAGUGGAGUUGCCUCCCUUGUCUAUUAGUCUCACAAACUCCUUCCCAGCACGUGACACCUUCGUUACACUCUCGGUAACGUCGCUGCCACCAGUGUGGGCGCGGCCAUUACAAGAAUCUGAAAAUUUGCCCUCUAACCCCAAAUGUUGUAACGUUUAUACUUUUAUUUUUGUCUUUUGGAAUGCCAAUACAGUUAUUUUUGAAAAGGUUUACGACUGACCAUAUUUCCCAGAUGAAUUUAACUUUUUGUUUGUUUGAUCAGAUUGGUUCGAGACUGCAGACGGAAAAUCACCCAAAUUCCCCCUUACAUUCUUACUACACCAAUAACAUGAUAGUUGAAAUGAAAUAGGAAUUCAAAUAGUCGAAGAAAGGAAAUAAUUUAGUUAGGCCAAGAGUAUUCGGCGUCUUGGCUGUCAUCGCUUGUUUGUAAGCAUAAUGGUCCGUCUGUUGCGAGUUCAACUCCAAACAUGGCUGUGACCACAUAUGACAGUGGGGAGUUUUGACUGGUGGCAGCGAUAGUAUAGAGAGCUCCGCGAAUGAGCUAUCGCUGUGAGGAAUUUGUUAGUCUCACAGGGCAGGAAACGUUGACGCUGCCUUCAGCCUUGCUUUGAUGCGAGUCCUCUAACGUCCUUUGACAUAUGUGGACCUGUAAGCCACUUCCAGCUCAUAUCACUUUUACACAAAUCCAGUUUGGGCGGCAUCGACUCAGUGUCAAAUCUGUCUGCUCAAUAAGAUGUAAUGUAGAUAAUGGUGGCAGAUGAAACUUGAUGUGUGAUAAUGAUGUAUGAUAAUAAUGUGUGAUAAUGAUGUGUGAUAAUGAUGUGAGAUAAUGAUGUGUGAUAAUGAUGUGAUAUAAUGAUGUGAUAAUGAUGUGUGAUAAUGAUGAAAAGUACUCAAAAAGAAAUGUAACAGUGAUCAUAUAUACUGACAACUGAAAAGUAAUCAUAAUUUUGAUGAUACUGAGACUUAGAUAUUCAAAGAAACAGAGAUGGACUUUAAAAUUAAAAUUAAUAAUGAUGUGAUCAUAGUUACCAUGGUUACGUUUGUAUUUGACUUUUAAGCUAAAGCCAUUUCUGUGCAGGGUCUGCUUGUAUGCACUGAUAUGUGAAUGUAAAUGAAUCCAGAGACUCACGUUUGUUGUAGCAAAUGAAUACAACAAUUCUCUUUCAUUGUUGUUUCGUCCAACAGACCCAUAGAACAAAUGUACUAAUAUAAUGUACACAUAUAUAUUUUUGUUUUAUAUUUCCAUGGAUAUUUACACACCCAUAUUACAAGCAUAAUAUUGUUUUCUUAUCAUUUAUUAAACAAAUAGAUUUUGUCAAUCUCAUUUAAAUCAGAUCUAAGUCCUCGUUGCCGCUAAACAAAGAUCUGAGGACAUCCCAUUACGGGUCACGUCAGAACGACCUUUGAACCGACCACUGAAACGAUUAAAUAACAAGAAGUUGACAUCAGCCAAUUAGAAAGCAGCUUUCUCGAGCUUUACGGUACUCGUUUCAACCUGACGACUUCCAUUUUGACUAUGCUUAAAAAAUAUGUUGACACAGUACUCUGAACAAACUGAAACUGAACAAACGAACAUUCCGGAAUGUCUAAAAUAUGGUGGCGAUUGUAUGGCAGUGCUUCCCACGUACUGUGCAACGUCUCCUCCGUUCAAAUUUGUAUCCCAAGGGAGCGAGAGAUAGAUGAUAAUUUUGACGGAAUCAGUCGUACAGGCCGUAACUGUCGUUCGGAAUACCCCAUUUUAACGUUUUCGAGAUUGCAUGAUUCGAAAACACAUUCCGACUGUCACUUUCAUGACCUGGUAAGCGACACUUUGAUUGGUCGGACGUAAGGUUGUUCUGACGACAGCGAGAACUAAGAUCUGAUUUUAAUGAGAUUGAGAUUUUGUUUACAAAGGUACUGCUUUCAUGUUGGAAUGUUGAUGUUUACUGAUAUUAUUUUAAUAUGUCCCUGUUUUGUUUCUACUUGGUGUGGUUAUUGCUACUCCUGAUGAAUGGAAACAACUGUAUUAUUCCAAAAUGACCACCUAAAUAGAUAUUUUUUAUUCUGUUGCAGUGGGUCUUCCGUUAUAUAUUUUUUAUUAUCAUGUAUGUUACUAAUUAAGAUAUGGUUGCUUUCAAUCAUUCUGGGUAUUUUGUUUUUUUGUUUUGUACUUUGGAUCUGAAGAAAUCACUGAGGAUUGGGAUCUACAAACCUGAUUUGCAAUGUGAAUGUAGCACACAAGUCUGAUGCAUCAAUAGCUGAUUGAUUGAUGAUUGAUGAGUAAAAUGUGUUAUGGGUGUUUGGGCAACUAGGCCCAUUUACACCUUGCCCAUAAAAAAGGUUUGCUAAGUACCUAGAUAUUUUAUAAAGUAUCAAAACUGCCACACGCUUUAAUUUAAGCGAGAAUGACAUUCUGAACAUCAUGAUGAACAAUAUUCCUAGAACAUAGCUGUAAACACUGGUGGAGUUACCUCCCUUGUAUCACUGAUGAAGUUACCUCCCUUCUAUCACUCAUCAGUUUGUGGUUAGAAUUUUGGCUGGUUGUACAUUCAUUUUUCAUGUAAAAAAUUAAUCACUUUCCCGUUUUCUGCACUAUUUCCUUUCAUGUAAGUCAGGAUUUAUUGAUGUUUCAGGCACAGUGUACAGCCUCCAAGCUGACCAGUCCUUGUUUUAUCCCAUUUAUGCCUAUGUGUCCAACCACGGGAGUCCGUAUCUAAAAAUAGACA